AUGUAUACAUCUUCGAACCGAGCUACCGUCAACGGGAAUACCCCUCCGACCCAGACUGCAGCCCAGGUCCUGCAACAGAACAGACUCCAACAACACCGAAUCCAGUCCUUCCUCACCGAUGACGAUGGCCCCAAUACUAUGCUUGCUCAGGCCUCCACAUCGGCCGAAGAGUCCAUGGCCAAGCAUCGUGCUCAAGCAUCCCGAAAGAUUGACGACAUUGUUUCCAAGGUCAAGGGUUGA